CUUGAGGAGGUGUUGGCAAACGCUCGGGGAGGUUUCACCUCCUCCUUUCAUUCCUACUUUAAAUCCAAAAAGCCUGCGCGAGGUGUGAGUCCUGCACAACAGGCGCAGCGAUGGAGGUAUUCGCUCUUCUCUCCGGAGUUUUGGUCAGCGUGGUCACUGCUGGGAUCCCUCACGAUGGAAUACACUGGACAUACACAGAGGGGGCUUUGGACCAGAUGCACUGGCCGACCAAGUACCCAGCCUGUGGAGGGAAGAAACAGUCACCCAUCGACAUCCAGCGGCGCAACGUGAGGCACAACCCCGACAUCCUUCAGCUGGAACUGAGCGGCUAUGAUGCCCAAAAUGGGAACUUUCUCAUGUCCAACAACGGACAUUCUGUUCAGAUUGACCUUCCUCCGACGAUGAAGAUCACCAAAGGUCUGCCAGGGAAAUACACUGCAGUCCAGAUGCACCUUCACUGGGGCGGAUGGGACCUGGAGGCCAGUGGAGCAGAGCACACCAUCGAUGGCAUCCGAUACAUGGCCGAGCUCCAUGUCGUCCAUUACAACUCUGACAAGUACAAGAGCUUCACAGAGGCCCGAGAUAAGCCCGAUGGCUUGGCUGUGCUGGCCUUUUUCUAUGAUGACGGUCAUUUUGAAAACACCUACUACAGUGACUUCAUCUCCAACCUGGAGAAAGUGAAGUACGCAGGUCAGAACAUGAACAUAUCCAGCAUCAACGUGCGUUCCAUGCUGCCUGAGAACCUCAACCACUUCUUCAGGUACCAGGGCUCCCUCACCACGCCUCCCUGCUAUGAGAGCAUCCUCUGGACCGUGUUCGACACCCCCAUCACUCUCUCACAUAACCAGAUCCGAAAACUAGAGAGCACACUGAUGGACAUGGACAACAAGACUCUGUGGAAUGACUAUCGCAUUGCUCAACCACUCAACGACCGCGUGGUGGAGUCUUCUUUCCUGCCACGGCUUGGAAAAGGAACUUUUUGUCGUCAGGAUGAAAUUGAAUCAAAGCUUCUGAAGAUUGAAGGUUUGAUCACGUCACUUGGAAAGAACGUGCUCUCAGGAGGCCAUAAACCCAGACCUCCAAAACAUGAGUCCCAAGCGCUGUUCCCUCUGGUGCUGAACUUUGAUGUGCAGGACUACAGCAGUUAUGCGCUGGCCCGCCUGGAUCACCAGAUGGCGCUGGACUCCUUCACCGCUUGCAUGCAUGUCCUUCCUCAGGUCGAGGGGGUGCACACAGUUCUAUCGUACUCCAGCAACGGCAACGACAAUGAGCUGAUGAUCUCCAUCAGCGAUGGCCGAGUUGGCAAAGAGGUGGGGCUCUGGAUCGGCAAUGAGUUUGUCAACCUGCCGCAUAACUUUAGAUCUCAAGGCUGGACCAACUUCUGCGUCACCUGGUCGUCCCACACGGGAGGUGCAGAACUGUGGAUCAACGGCAUGGUUGGGGAGCAACGCUACCUGAAGAGUGGCUACACUCUUGCACAUGGUGGCAUCUUCAUCUUGGGGAAAGACCAGGACGGAUACCUGGGAAUCUCAAGCAGCGACGCCUUUGCUGGGAAGAUGACUGACGUGAACGUGUGGGACUAUGUGCUCACCAUGGCAGACAUCCGGGAUCAGAUGUCCUGUGAGAACACCCCCCCGGUGGGGAACGUGUUCAGCUGGGGGACCACCAAAAUGAGUCUGUACGGAGGCGUGCAGCUGGACGGCCAGUACAGAUGUUCCUGAGAAAAGCAGCUGCACAUAGAAAUGAUGUAAGAAUUUCACAGUGUAUUUAGUGAGGUCCUGCAGCAAUAUUUAAAUACUUUGUAUCUUACAGCCACAACCACAUCUUGUUUAAAUCUGAGUGUCAUCA